AUGUUGGGCUCCCGUUCUCUUACAAGCGUUGUCGCGCAGAGCGCGUUCAAGAAGCCUUAUACCCUCCGAGGAUAUGCUUCAGCUUCACCCACCGCCGCCUUUGCAGGCCAAAAGGGCCCCAAUGGAAAAUACACAGUCACUUUGAUUCCUGGAGACGGCAUUGGACCCGAGAUUAGCCAGUCUGUUAAGGAUAUCUACAGUGCUGCCAACGUUCCCAUUCAAUGGGAGGAAGUCAGCGUCACACCCAUCUUGAAGGGUGGCAAGACGGUUAUCCCCGAUGCCGCCAUUCAAUCGGUGAAAAAGAACACUGUUGCUUUGAAGGGCAAGUCGCCUCACCUUUUCUCUGCCGUUUCGAAUCGCCUGACCUCGUCCAUUCGUAUUAGGCCCGCUCGCAACACCAAUGUAGUCGGAAAGGGACAUGUCUCUCUCAACUUGACCCUCCGCCGGACGUUCAACCUUUUUGCCAAUGUCCGACCAUGCGCGUCCAUCAAGGGGUUCAAGACUGCCUAUGAUGAUGUAAACACCGUUCUCAUUCGAGAGAACACGGAGGGUGAAUACUCCGGUAUCGAACACGAGGUUGUCGAUGGUGUUGUCCAGUCAAUCAAGUUGAUCACAUGGGACGCAUCCGAGCGUGUGGCCCGAUACGCUUUCCACUAUGCCCAAGCCAGUGGCCGAAAGAGGGUCACUGCAGUGCACAAGGCCAACAUCAUGAAAAUGUCGGACGGCAUGUUCUUGUCUGCCUGCCGCGAGGUCUCCAAGGAGUUCCCCGAUGUCGUCUAUGACGAAGACUUGCUGGAUCGAGUCUGCCUCAAGGUUGUGACCAAUCCCCAACCUUACUCGGACCGAGUCAUGGUCAUGCCCAACUUGUAUGGAGACAUUCUGUCGGACAUGUGUGCAGGCUUGAUUGGAGGCUUGGGUUUGACUCCUUCCGGCAAUAUCGGUCGUGACGCAUCUAUCUUUGAAGCUGUACACGGUUCUGCCCCAGAUAUCGCUGGCAAGGGUCUUGCUAACCCAACGGCGCUGCUCUUGUCUUCCCUCAUGAUGUUGCGACACAUGAACCUGAACGAGUAUGCGGACAAGAUCGAGAAGGCCGCUCUUACUACUAUUGCGGAAGGCAAGUCGAUCACUGGAGACCUUGGAGGCAAGGCUUCGACUCGGGAAUAUACGGACGCCAUCAUUCAGAAGCUCCUGUAGGCGUAAUAGAGUCUAUAGAUAUCAUUGUCGUUGUGCAUGUUUCCCCCUAAAUGCUUAUAGAUCGUUGGUGCAGGGAUCUUGGCAUCA